AUGGACCCCCACAACCCCAACCGCGAGUCUCGCUCUACACCCCAAUACGGCCUCUACCAGCGCGAGAACUUCUGGAAGUCGAGCGACGAGGUACCACCAUUCAACGCAGAGCCAGGCAAGCUCGAGGAACUCGCCCAGAAAAAGCCCACACAGACUAGGUGGUACUAUGCUUCAAGCACUGCUGGUUAUUCGACACAAACACCCGCGAGACCGCGCACACCGUCUGGCUGGGGGGACGCGGCCUCCGCCCCCAUCGGGAUCAACAAAACCUGCAACGAAGCCGGUGAAUCCCCCGUCGCCCGCGUCGCGGGUGAUCUCAACCUAUCCUACUGCCUUUCCACGGCGGGAUCCCAGCCCAUCGAGGACGUUGGGGCUGCCAACGACGCCCUCGCUCCAAAUGGAAAGGGGGGAGUGAGGUUCUUCCAACUCUAUAUGCCGCACGACAACGCUCUGACGCGCUUUCUCCUCAAGCGAGCCAUUAACCCCAGCUUCACAGCAUGCAUCCUCGCUCGACACGUGGCAGCUGGGCUGGCCUGCUCGCAGACUUGGACAUCCUCUUCAGCGUAG